CCGCUCGGGGCUUCCCCGUCGCGAAACCGCAAGAGGAGGCAGGUCUGGCCGAGGCGAGCCUUCCCGGAAUGUGCCCGGAGGGGUUGGCCUGCCGCAACGGGAGUGGAAGGCGGCUCCCCGGGCACUCUCCAGACCAGCUGCAGGGGAGGCAGCCGCCCCAUGGCGCUUCCAGAGUCACCAUUGCAGAAUCUCUCAGUGCUGCCUCUUGGUGGCUCCAUGUGGAACAGGAGCAAUACCAACUCCAGCUGCUCAGAGAGUGCUGACUUCCAGUACCUCCUCUUUCCUGUGGUCUACAGCUUGGUCUUUGUCCUGGGCCUGGCUGGGAAUCUCUCUGUGUUGGGCUACUUCCUCCGGACCAAGUCGGCCACUGCACCAGCCAAUGUCUUCCUGGUGAACCUGGCCACCAUCGACCUGCUUUUUGUGCUGACCUUGCCUUUCCGCAUCUCCUACCACGCUCUCCACAACGACUGGAUCUUUGGGGAGGCCCUCUGCAAAAUCACGGGCUGCCUCUUUUUUGCCAACCUCUACGGCAGCUCCCUCUUCCUGGCCUGCAUCUGCCUGGAGCGCUACGUGGCCGUGGUGCACCCGCUUCGGCACCUGCAGUUCCGGCAGCUCCGCUACCGUGUGGGUGCUGCCCUGGCGGUCUGGAUGGUGCUGGUGGCAGCCAUCCUGUACCUGGCGCUCCGUGGGCCCCUGACCAGCACCUUUCCUGACGGCCGCACCGCCUGCCUCGAGAACUUCUCCUCGAGGUCCUGGAAAGGGCGCAUCUCCAGCGUCAGCAUCUUUGCGGCUGUGAUUGGCUUCCUGCUGCCCCUCCUCCUGAUCGGCGUCUGCUACCCACUGAUUGCGUGGCGGCUGCUGGCCUCCCCCGGGAUGCAGCCCAGCUCACGUGCCAUAAGGCGCAAGGCGCUGCGGACCGUGCUCGUGGUCCUUGGGGUUUUCCUGGUCUGCUUCGCGCCUUACCACCUGGUGCAGCUCGUCCACACCCUUGGCCGUGUGGGUGUCCUGGGUGGCUGCCCCCUCAUCCGCGCCACCUACGUGGCCCGGCGCAUCACCAUGGCACUUACGAGUCUCAAUGCUUGCCUUGAUCCCCUGGUCUACUACUUUGCUGCUGAGCGUUUUUCCUGGCAGCCAGACUGGUGGAAAUGUGCCUGCUGCCGCCAGUGCAUGGAGAGCUCCCAGCGCCCCCUGCGACUCCGCAUCCUGGCCACCAUGAAGGGCUCCUCCUCUGGGGAAAGCACUUUGCCUGGCACAGAGCAGUGAGCAAGGAGGACCCUCCCAUCCCUGUUUGGCACUGCUUCCACUGUACAGGAGAUUUCCUUAGCCUUGCACUGAAGUUACAUGUGUGUGAGCUUAUCUGCUUGUGCAUUGCCUUAGCUUUUACCAAGCACAUCACUUCUAAUAGCUGCACACUGUUUUGUAGGACUUCAGCUUUUCAGCCCUGGCCUAAAAGCUUAUGCUACAGGGAAACCCCCAAAGAAACUGUACAGCCCACAUUGUGGAA